AGAGCGGCCGCCCAGCUCGCCUGCUCGUGGCUAGAGCGUCGCCUCCGCGCAGAGCCGCGUGUGACCUUCUCGCUCCCGGAGCGAUGCUACCGGCGGCCGCCCGCCGCCUGUGGGGGCCGCCCCUCGGGCUUCGGGCCUCCGCGCUCCGUCUCGCCAGACCACAGGUGCCAGGUGUCUGUGCCGUGCGACAGAUGAGGAGCAGCAGCCACCGAAGGGGUGAGGCGCUGGCGGGGGCACCCCUGGAUAACGCCCCCAAGGAGUACCCGCCCAAGAUCCAGCAACUCGUCCAGGACAUCGCCAGCCUCACGCUCCUGGAGAUCUCAGACCUCAACGAACUCCUGAAGAAAACCUUGAAGAUCCAGGAUGUCGGCCUCAUGCCGACCGGUGGCAUGAUACCUGGGGCUCUCCCUGCUGCAGCAGCCCCUGAGGUAGCAGAGGAGGAAGAUCUCCCAAAACAGAAAGAACGGACACAUUUCACUGUCCGCUUGACAGAGGCAAAGCCGGUAGACAAAGUGAAACUGAUCAAAGAGAUCAAGAACUACAUCCAGGGCAUAAACCUCGUCCAGGCCAAGAAGCUGGUGGAGUCCCUGCCUCAGGAAAUCAAAGCUAACGUCGCCAAAGCUGAGGCAGAGAAGAUAAAGGCGGCCCUGGAAGCCGUGGGCGGCACGGUGGUUCUGGAAUAGCCCCACCUCUGAGGACUUAUGGACUGGGGUCCCUGGGACCCGGCAAGGCCCUGCCUGCCCUCUCCACCCCCAGCACCAGGCUCCCAGAUGGAGAUUCCAGGGGGCUGGAGUUACUAGCCCUAGUGGCAGUCUGUCUGGGAGGGACAAGAUGGACCUGCUAUGGUGUGGGGGAGGGAAGCCACUGCCUGAGCAGAGCGCAGGAGGCCACCUCAGAAGGUAUGGGGUUACAGGAGUUCUUCUGGUGGCUGCUGAGAAAAAUACACUGUUGAGGCUUGGG